AUGGCCGUUGAGGACGUCGCCAAUGUCUUGCUCAACAUCGCAGCAUCGUCGAUUGCUGCUCUCGACCACCACCUGGCACUCCCUGAUGCCUCAAAAUGCGCUGUGAGACUUGCAUUCGUCACAGAUAAGGACAUUCCCCCUCGCAUGCAUGACUCCAGCCACCAUGCCGUAUGCCCCUCCCCUUCAACAAGGGAUGUGGGCCAGCUUCUCUGCGACAGCAGCACCCACGCUCUCCUCUCCUUGCUCGCAUGCCGACUCAAUCAUCAACUGCCCAGCGCCGCCCUCGACAUCCCGCUCUUCAACCACCCUAUUUGCCCCUCCCUUCAAUAA